AUGGCAGAAAAGUUUGUUGGCCAUUGGAAGUUAGAGAAGAGUGACAAUUUCGACGAAUAUAUGAAAUCCAUGGGUGUAAAUGUAAUUCUGAGAAAAGUUGGAAACUCGAUCACUAAUUAUGAAGAAAUUCGAGUUGACGGCGACAACUGGGAAAUAUAUAUCACAUCAACGUUUAAAAAUCAGACUUUAAAAUUUAAACUGGGAGAGGAAAUAGAUGAGACUACCAUGGACGGGAGGAAAUGUAAGUCGACGUUUACAUUUGAAGACAAUAAGUUGAUACAGAUACAGAAAGGUAUUAAAUCUGGAGAAUGUGACUCUCAUAUGGCUCGACAUAUUGAAGGCGAUGAUACGCUUAUCUGUACUUUUAGAAAUAUACAGAAAGACAUCGCUACAGUUAGAACUUUUAAACGCUAUACACCUUAGUUAGAUACUUAUUAACAACUAUUUUAUAUUCUUGUACUUUAUUGAACUUUUUUAUAUUAUUAAUCUCAAUACAAUAUAUUUCUUUUGAUUUCAAAAAAAAUCAAACGCCAAAGAUCAAAGUCGUGAAAUAAAAUGGCAUUAGAUAAAACAUGAAAAUAAUCCUUUUACAAGUGUAAGGGUAGUCUGAGGGGUUACAUUAGUGGUGUUAUUGUAUUCUUCCAUUCACGAUAUGACAGUGUAAAUUGUCGAAACGUUAUCUAGUUGAAUGAAAUGUAGGCUAGACCUUAUCAUGUAGAUCAAAAGUUACCAAAUAAAAGGUCAUAUAUAUGUCACCUGAUUUAAAACAUUAACAAUAUAUUU